AUGGCCGCCAUCAACUUCCCCGUCAUCGGCUCCCCAAAGCCAUCGCCUUCUCCAGCCGACGGCUCCGUACCUGUCCGGCUUGAGAUCCGCCAGCUCCAGAAGAAUGCGAAGCAGUGGAACCUGUAUCUGUUGGGCUUGGAGGCUUUCAAGAAUUUGGAUGAGACGAAAGACUUGUCUUACUAUGGUAUUGCGGGUAUCCAUGGGCGUCCUUACAGACCCUGGGGCGGGGUGAAAGGCUCCAAUAUCGGAGGCUGGCAGGGCUACUGCACUCACACAUCCAUCCUCUUCGGCCCAUGGCACCGCCCCUAUCUCGCUCUGUUCGAGCAAGUCCUGUACGGGAUCAUCCAGGAUAUUGCUGCAAAGUUUCCGGCGGCCACGAAAGCCCAGUAUCAGGCCGCUGCAGCGACAUUCAGGAUGCCAUACUGGGACUGGGCUGCAGCGCCUGCAGACGGGGAUUACUUCCCCAACGCAGUCGGCGCCUCGCCUACUGCCACUGUCAUUACGCCUACGAGCAACGGGCAGCAGGUGCAGGUUGCGAAUCCAUUGUACUCGUACAAGUUCCACCCCCUCAACCCCGUUGCUGGCGAUUUCGUUCCUCUGCAGGGCACGCCUUACCAUAGAUGGCCCUCCACUCUCCGCUACCCGACCUCUGCUCGCUCCGUCUCAGCCACCUCGGAUGAACAGGAAGUCUUCCAGGCUAUGGCUUCCCAGUUCGCUGGGCUGCAGCAGAAUGUUAACUUGAUCUUGAACGACCCGAAUUACACUGCGUUCGAUGCGUUUAGUAAUCAUGAGCUGAGGGAUGAUGGAUUGAACACGAGCGCCAGCUUGGAGGAUGUGCAUAACUCCGUUCAUGUUGCCGUCGGGGGUAACGGAGGACAUAUGUCUAUGCUUGACUAUUCGUCGUUUGACCCGGUGUUCUGGUUGCAUCAUACAAACGUCGACCGCCUCUUUGCCAUCUGGCAAGCCAUAAACCCCAACUCCUACACCAUGAAUGAGCGCUCUGGCGACGGUACCUUCGUAAUCAAAGCCAAUAGUAUCGAAACUGCAACUACACCACUCGCACCCUUUGCCGACGCUUCGGGCACCAAAUACUGGACGUCUCUUGGAGCCCGCAAAACCGAGACCUUCAACUACGUGUAUCCCGAGACUCAACGCUGGAAUUUUGCUACUGCAUCGGAGUAUCGGGACAGUGUACUUGACACAGUGCAGCAGCUUUACGGAGACUUGACAGCUCAGUUCAUCAACUCUCGUGCUGGUGGCGCUGUGAACUUGAUGGCGGCACCUGCUCCUGCUGCAGAUAUCACCGCGGCAAACCAGGAGUCUAGCACGGCGAAUGCUGCGAACAAGCCGGCUGCAGACGUGUCGUCUGCCAAAAGUCCCGAAAAGGAUGGCGGUGUUCAUCCGUUGCAAAAGAUUUUAGCAAAGGUCAAGGAUGUCACCCAUCACAAUCCGAAGCCAGACACAGAGACUGCACGUGGCCUCGACCUCGAUUCUGAAAUCGGCAAGCGUAAGCCGUCCCUCCCUCUCUGCCUUCUCGCGCUCUCAGCCACCAAACUCGAGCGAGACACCACUAAUCUUUCCACAGCCGAUGCCACACUUUCCACUCCACAAACAGCGUCCUACACGCAAUACAUCGUCAACGUCCAGACCCCCAAGCACAUACUCGGACAGUCGUACCGCAUCCACGUCUUCCUCGGGGAAUUCCUCCCCGCGACGCGGACCUGGAACACGCAAGAUGCGCUCGUCGGCACCAUUGCCGUCUUCGGAAAGAGCACCGCGCCCGACGACGCCAGCGAGACCGGCUGCGGCAAGUGCAAGACGGACGCCGAACGCGGCUGCAUCGUCACCGGCACCGUGGCCCUGACAGCCCAGCUCCUCGCCGAAGUCCGUAAGGGCAACUGUCCUUCGAUGGACAAGGCAAACGUGAUUCCCUACUUGACGCGGGCGCUGCACUGGCGCGUGAGUCUCGCGGACGGGACAGAGUUCCCGCGGGAGGAGGUCCCUGGCUUGAUGGUUGAAUUAGUGAGUACGGAGGUUCGCGUGCCGGCUGCGGGCGGUAGGCCGGUCUUCAGUGGCGUUUAUGAGUUGCAUCCCGAGGUUACGGCUGGGAGACCCGCUGGGUAUGGCCUGGCUGCUGCUGGCGAUGGGCCUGCGUGA